CCUCAAUGAGAACCCGUCCCCGGGAGUCCAGGCGUUCUGCAUUGCUGCUAUAUCACUAUUGUCUUGCAUCGUUCCUCGAUAAUCCCAUCUGCCCGCGCCACCGAGCACCAUGUCUUUGAAGGCCGCCCUCGAAGCUGACCAGGAGAUCCCUGAGUCAUGGUCGACGUACAUGAGCGUCGUGUACGGUGGACGCGUACCUCCUCUUGUGGGCUCGUACGACCCGGAUAAGCUGGAGGAAGCUGCCAGGGAGAAGCUCAAGGCGGAGCCGUACUCGAAGGCUGCAUUCCUGUACGUCUUCGGCAGCGCAGGUGCUGGAUCGACAGAUCGCGCAAACCGCAAGGCUUUCGAGCGAUGGGCGCUUAUUCCUAAGAUGCUUGUAGACUCGUCCGAUCGGUCGCUCGAGACCACCCUCUUCGGCGUGAAGUACAAGUCCCCGCUCCUCCUUGCCCCCAUCGGCGUCCAUGGUAUGAUCCAUCCCGAAGGCGAAGUCUGCGCCGCCGCCGCCUGCAGCCGCAUGCAAGUCCCCUUCAUUAUGUCCACCGCCGCCACGCGCUCGCUCGAGGACUGCGCCGCCGCCAACGGAGCCGGCCCGCGCUGGUACCAGCUCUACUGGCCACGCUCCGAGGCGAUCACGCUAUCCCUCCUCGCGCGCGCGAAGACGUCCGGCUACAGCGCGUGCAUCGUCACGCUCGACACGAUGUGCAUGGGCUGGCGGCCGUACGACCUCGACACGGCGUUCCUGCCGUUCAUGCACGGCGUGGGCAUCCAGGUCGGCACGAGCGACCCGGCGUUUAUGGCGUCGCAGCAGCUGGAGGCAAGGCCGGACGAGCGCGCGCCGUUCCCGUUCGACCCGGCGGAGCUGGAUGCGAAGCGCGCGGCGGGGGACGAGCACGAAAUACAGAUGAAGCAGCUAGGGCGGAAUUGGGCGCGGCAGAUCCACUCGGGGCUGUUCCGGACGUGGGAGGAGCUGGCGUUCGUGCGGAAGCAUUGGGAGGGACCGCUGAUGCUGAAGGGGAUCAUGACGCUGGACGACGCGCUGAAAGCGAUGGAGGUGGGCUGCGAUGGGAUCAUUGUGUCCAACCAUGGAGGACGGCAAAUUGAUGGAUGUCUGCCUGCGCUCAUGGCGCUGGAGAAGAUCACUGGUGACUCGCGCAUCAAGGAGGCGCAACUGGCGGGCAAGUUUACCGUGCUCUUCGACUCGGGCAUCCGCCGUGGCAGCGACAUCGUCAAGGCGGUCGCCAUCGGGGCGCAGGCUGUGUUGCGUGAGUACCGCCCGCCUUCGCUAUCCAGCACUGUAAUGACCAGUAUUCUAGUCGGCCGUCCGUACAUGUACGGCCUCGCGCUCGCCGGCAGCGAGGGCGUGGAACAGGUCGUGCGCGGACUGCUAUGCGAGACGGAGAUCACGCUCGGCCUUUGCGGCUACACGUCCAUCGACCAGAUCUGGCACAAGCGCGAGGAGUUUAUGCAGAAGAUCGAGUAUCCUGGUAUGUUUUCGGCGUAGGUAGGCAGAGACGGUUUGAGAUGCAUACGUUAUUGUAUAAUACAACAUGGUUACAGUACAAUGCGGGACUCGAAGAGAA